AGCGGGCCGGCAGCCACCGCGUCCGGGGCCUACCGCAGAUUCUGCCAAUCUCCCAAGGUCGGGGCUUGAACCCAUCCUGAUAAAGCCAAAGCCACCCCCCUCUUUUCCCAGCCAUGCAAACUGCGGGAUGAAGCUGGAAGCUGUGGUCGAGCAGCUGCAAAAGCAGCAGCAGAAGCAGCAGGCUCCUCUGCAGAUGGAUUCCAGGGAGAGACAGCAGAGGCAGAUGAGAGAAGCCCAGCUGCUCUACACGCAGCAGCUGGCCGUGCAGCAGGCCGUGCUGGCAGCCACAUCUGGCAGGGCAGCAGGCGGCUCUGCUGUCGGUCCCUUGGCCAGAGGCCCACCUGCAGCUGGGGCCACGCGGGCUUUCGAUCAGAGCAGCAUGAAUUCAGAGCCGGAAGAGGAAGAAGAGGACGAGGAAGAGGUGGAAGACGAGGAGGAAGAGGAAGCGGUGUUGGAAGGAGGAGAUCUUGAGGACGGUGCUGAUGUGACUGGAAAAGAACCCUGCUCUGCUCUGAAAUAUUUUCACGCUCCCAAAGUUGCCCACCACAGCCAAAGAGUGGCCUCUACCUCGAGUCCUCUGCCGGCCUCAGGGCACCAGAGGGGACAGCAGGGCAAAGAAGAACAGGGUAAGGACACUACUAAGCAGCCAUAUGCCGGCUCCCCGUCUGGACGCCAGAACUGGAGACUCGAUGAGCAGCUCAAACAGAACGGCAGUGUGACCUGGAGUGAUGAAGGUGAUGGAUGCAGAGGAAGAGAAAUUUCACGAGACUUUGCCAAGCUCUAUGAACUGGAUAGUGACCCUGAACGGAAAGAGUUCCUGGAUGACCUCUUCAUCUUCAUGCAGAAGAGGGGAACUCCCAUCAACAGGAUCCCCAUCAUGGCGAAGCAGAUCCUGGAUCUCUACAUGCUCUACAAACUGGUGACCGAGAAGGGAGGGCUGGUGGAAAUCAUCAAUAAGAAGAUCUGGAGGGAGAUCACCAAAGGCCUUAAUCUGCCCACCUCCAUCACCAGUGCCGCGUUCACACUUCGAACCCAGUAUAUGAAGUACCUGUAUGCCUACGAAUGUGAGAAGAAAUCCCUCAGUUCUCCUGCUGAGCUUCAGGCCGCGAUCGAUGGCAACAGGCGGGAAGGCAGAAGGCCCAGCUACAGCUCCUCUUUGUUCAGCUACUCACCCACGGCCUCGGGGCCUCCUUCCCUCCUGUCUCCCCCAAAGAUCCGCUUCCCCAUCAUCAGCGUCGCUCCGGGCAGCGGGACCAGCAAUCCUCGGGUGUCUCCAGCAGCAGCCGUAAGAAAAGGUGACGGUGUGCCCUUGACCGUGUCGAUGCCAAAUCGUAUUGCUGUGCCAGUGACCUUGGCUAGCCAGCAGGCCACGGUGGCAGCAAGAACAGCCACCCUGGAGCAGCUGCGGGAGAGGCUGGAGGCUGGGGAGCCACCAGAGAAGAAAGUCUCACGGAUGACAGAGGAGGAGCAGCGGCUCGUCCAGCAGGCUCUGCAGCGCAACCUCUUCAGCAUGGCACGGCAGAUCCCCAUGAAGAUCAAAAUCAAUGGCAAGGAAGACAAACCCGACUCGGCAGCGGCGGCAGCACUGAAUUUGUCACCUAAUGGCAUUGGGAGCAUUAACAUGUCGGUGGAGAUUAAUGGCACAAUUUAUGCUGGCGUGCUCUUUGCCCAGAAGCCAGUCGUCCACCUCCUCGCAGGCUCGCAGAGCUCCUGCAGCAGCAGCAGCAGCUCCCACUGCUCCCCCAGCCCUACCUCAUCGCGGGGAACCCCCAGCGCAGAGCCCUCCACUAGCUGGUCUCUCUGAUGGACGGCCGAGCUUGCUGUCUCACACUGGCCUCCGGCAGCUCUUCCUCUCUGCUCGCGGCGGGGAGCGAGCCGGGAAGGAGUCGCACAGAUUACCUCAUCUCAAGGAACCUGCUUCGUGGUUGGCCAACGGCAAGAUGAUGAUGAUGAUGAUGCUGAAACCUUUC